AGGGGUGGGUUAGGACUGGGGGGGGGUACGUUUCUGUGUAAAUGAUAGUAUUUGAAAUAUUAUAUAAAUAAUUAGAUACAGUAGUGAUUAGUUAGAGGAAGGACCGAGAAUGUUCGAGGAAGCAAGUGAAGUGUUUGACAACAUGUUCAAGGGUUCAUUCCCGUUGACUUUCAUCGUCUUCAUCCCUGCCGUGUUGAUCCUGGUCUCACCGCUGCCCAUAGAGGCGGCCCACGAGUUUACAGUGUACAGAAUGCAGCAGUACGAUCUCCAGGGCCAGGCUUACGGUACAAGGAAUGCUGUGCUGAACACAGAAGCGCGAACAAUUGAAGCUGACGUGCUGAGCCGCAGGUGUGUGCUCAUGAGAUUAGCAGAAUUUUCAUUUGACAAAUUUCAGGAAGCCAUACGACAAAGUGCUGGGGCAGUGGUGAUUAUUCUGCCCCAGAACAUGUCAAUGAUGCCUCAGGAUAUUAUUCAGCAGCAGUUUAUGGAAAUCGAGCCAGAACUUUUGGCGACAGAGACAAUUGUACCAGUGUACUUUGCCUUGGAGGAUGAUGAGCUCUUAUCUAUACAUGAACAAACACGUUCGGCUUCUGUCUCACAGGGCACUGCUUCAGCUGCAGAAGUUCUCUUGCAUACAGCCACAGCUAAUGGCUUUCAGAUGGUCACGAGUGGAGCCCAGAGCAAAGCCAUUAAUGACUGGUCAAUAACCAGCCUUGAGGGCAGAUUGACUGGUCUGGGUGGAGAGGACCUUCCCACUAUUGUAAUUGUAGCACACUAUGACUCCUUUGGAGUGGCUCCUUGGUUGUCUUAUGGUGCUGAUUCCAACGGUAGUGGUGUUGCAGCUUUACUGGAACUGGCUAGGCUAUUUUCCAAACUCUAUACUUACAAGAGGACACAUGCUGGGUAUAAUAUUAUGUUCUUUGUAUCGGGUGGUGGAAAAUUCAAUUAUCAGGGCACAAAACGCUGGCUGGAGGAUAAUCUAGAUCAUACAGAUUCGAGCCUUCUUCAGGAUAAUGUUGCUUUUGUCUUGUGCCUUGACACAUUGGGUGGCAGUGAUGAUAGCCUCUAUCUCCAUGUUUCAAAGCCGCCUAAAGAAGCCACGCCCCAACAUGCAUUCUUGAAGGAGCUAGAAACAGUGACCUCCAACAGGUUUCCAGAAGUCAAAUUCUCUAUGAUCCAUAAAAAAAUCAACUUGGCAGAGGACAUGUUGGCCUGGGAGCAUGAGCGAUUUGGGAUUCGCCGAUUACCAGCAUUCACAGUAUCCCGCUUAGAAAGCCAUAGAAACAGCUUGCGAACCAGUAUUAUGGACAUGAGGUCACAAAUCAAUAUUCAGAAGCUGUGUCGCAAUACCAAAGUAAUUGCUGAGGCACUGGCACGAGUAAUUUACAACUUAACAGAGAAGGGUGCCCCAGAGGACCUGCAAAUCUUCACAGAACAAAUGCAACUACAAGAGGACCAGCUGUCAUCAGUACUUGACUGGCUAACAGCACAGCCAAGAGCAGCACAGCUCAUCGAUAAGGAUAGCACCCUGAUCUCCACAUUGGAGUAUUACAUGAAUCGAUACUUGAAAGAUGUCAAGCGUCAUUAUGUGAAGGCAGACAAAAGAGAUCCAGAAUUUCUCUUCUACGAUCAACUGAAACAAACCAUGAACGCAUACAGGGUUAAACCUGCCAUCUUCGAUCUGCUGUUGGCAUUAUGUAUAGCAGCAUAUCUUGGACUUACUUAUUUAGUUGCUCAGAAUUUUGGCUUUAUUUACAAUACGGUUCGAAGGAUCACUCUGAAGCAGAAGCAGCAUUAACAACAUUACCCUGUAUUAGCACCUUCACGCAGUGGUUGGAUUCUUCCUGUGCAACAUCGUUUUGUUGAUGUGUGUGGAUCUGACCUACAGCACUGAGCCAAAACUCUGAUUAUGCAGCAUCAGCAACUUAAGUGUUGGACGAUGUUCCGUAAAUAACAGCACUGUUACUGUUUGAUGUACCACAAAAUUCUCUUCUAUGUUAAUCCAAAUACAAUCCACAUUAAGCACUACUCAAACUGGGCCACUUGCCCUCUGAUAUAAUACAUAGAUUUAAAGGUUUCCUGUAGAAUGAAAGCAGUCAUGUCUUGAAUGCAUGAAGGUAUGUUUGGUUAUAAUCUGUUCGGCUGCCACUUUAAAGCUCCCGAGUAAAUUAAACUGUGAGCACAAAGCUACCCAACGUUUGGUACACUUGUUAAUUUUAAAAAAACUUGUGUAGAAGUUUGUACUGCACAAGUUCUGUACAGAGAAGUUGUCUCUACAGAACAUUCAGAGAGGUGACUUCAGUACAAGUGGAGAGAUGCUUGUACAGAAGUUGUCUCAUUAUACGGAAGUCUUUUUUUCAUCUUGAACUGUAUAAAUUUGCAUUGCCAUGUGCACUUGGAUGAAGAGCUUUGAGUGUCAUGGAAUUCCAUAAUAGAUAAAUUCACACUCAUUAAUUUUUGUUUUCUAAGUUUAUAGUGUGAGCCUAUUUGAGGAAGUUUUCUUACAGAAUAUGCAAGACCAAAAGCUUGCAAUGGGAAAAAGUCUGAUUACUGAAGUUGUUUGGAUUUGAAGAGAGCCAGUUUUCCUUUUCUCUGUGUGCAAUCCUUGCAUGCAUAUUACACUCUUUGCACAGGGGGGUGCAUUAUAGCUUACUGCUGUGUACAGAAGUGGAAAUUAUUCUAUGAUGGGUGAAGCUGACCCUAAUCUAAAUGUGCCUGGUAAAGAUUGCUGCCCAAAGGGUAGAUAGCUCCAUUUCCAGGUUUCAUCUUUUUUAUGAGCACACCAAAAACCUCAGGAUUUAAUCUAUUGGCAUUAUUUUUCUUCUAACUUCUUGAUAAAGAUCAUUGAAAUUAGUUAAUUGCAAUAAUAAAUUUGUUUAAAAGCCCUUCUAUGCUCAGAUUGCAUCCGCUUGGGGUGCAAUAUAAAGUUUUAUUCUGCAGUGAAUCACAAUGCAAAGCUGUUCAAAGGUUUAAAUUGGCCCGGGUACGUUGGUAACACAUGUCUGAACAGUUGAGAAUCAGGUGGAAAAUCUAGCUGACUUCUUUAGCCUCGCCCACGACAUAUAAUGGCCAUAUUACCCAAAAUCUUGUGGAUGUUAGAAACUCAAGUUAAAAAUCAAUGGGACAGGUGUCAUGUGGGCGAAAUGAAGUAGCUAGCAUUAUCUGUACAUGUUAGUUCUGCACUGACCAGGUUUUGAAUCUGAAUCUGCAUUCAUCUGCCUGGCCAUUGACAACUAGGUCAAUUGACAUGUCCUGAUCAUCCUCAUACAGACCCAGUUUCUGUGAAGAGAUAUGGAAUGAUAACUGUACUAUUAAGAACAAAACCUCUAAAGUAUCCACCCACCUUUUUUAACCUGUAAGAAAUGGCAGCUUUUAACCUAAAUGUCCAGUAUAUUAUUUCAUUCUCAGUCAUAUAUUGCAGUCAGUGCAGUCAUAUUUUGUAGGAACUUGAUGGGCCUUUUCUUUCCAUAUGAAUUGCUGCAUCUUUGAAACUGUUAUUUAUGUCUGCAUUGGUUAUUUGUUGAAAAUUAUUGGCAUUGAUGUUUUUUUCUAAUUUGUAAUGAAAAGAAUUAUGGGAUAACAGUGGAGUUGUAUUGAACACCGACAUUCAUCAUGACUUCUAUGCAUAGAAGGGAAACAAUAAAUUGAUUGGAAAAUGGA